ACCAAAAAAAAUCCCGCCUCCCCUUCUCUCACAGGUUCGUGUUCGUAUCGCUUUUGAGAGUCACGGACGUGCUUCUGGUUGUCGAUCAAGAAAGUGUCAACGGAUUAAGAAAAUCCUUACCUUGAGAACCGCAGCCAUGCCUUCUCUGCUAAGGCAUUGACGUUUAAUCAUCUGAUGCUUUAAAAAGUUCACUCCCAUUUGGAAAUCAGCCGAAGUAGUUGGAACUUCGAUCUUCGGCGGAAGGUGAGAAAGUUUUAGUUUUACUAUUGUGAUCGGAAAGGCAAAAAGAAAGGAAAAUGGGGCAACAUCAAUCCAAAGGGGAGUUGUUAUAUCAGGAAGUGAAUCAUGGAAACAUUGAAGGAAUCAAAGCUCUUCGCCGAGAAGGGGCAGGUCUUGAGUGGGUUGACAAAGAAGGAAAGACUCCCCUGAUAGUUGCGUGCAUGAAUCCGCAACUGUUUAAUGUUGCUGAAACUCUUAUAGAAUUGGGUGCCAACGUGAACGCUUACCCUGGGUCUCAUGUGGGAACUCCUUUACAUCACGCGGCGGAAAGAGGUCUUGACCAAACUGUGAAGUUACUUCUGUCGCAUGGAGCAAAUGCUCUGGCGAUGAAUGAUGAUUGUCAGACCCCACUUGAAGUCGCUAGAUCAAAGGGGCAUAUCAAUGUUGUCCGUGCAAUUGAGGGCCAUUUAUGCUUUUUCUCUGGAUGGAUGCGUGAGAUUUAUGGAUCAGGGAUUCUGGAAACAUUAGCCACUCACUUCUUAUCAAGAAAAAUGCGUGAGCGUGGGCGAGAGUUUCUGGAAGCAUUACCCCCUCAGUGGUUAUCAAGAAAAAUUUGGGUUGUGGUUCUCCCUUGUGGCUCUCGUAAGACUGCAAUCCCUAUCAAAUUAGAGGUUGCUGUAUAUUCUAGUCCACAGGUAUGAUGGAACAUCAUGGGUCACUUUGAAGAAAUUUUAAUUUUAAUCUGAAUUCUCAUUUUUUGAUAUUGAACAUAUAUUUAUUUCUUUUUUCCCUCUUCCUACAAUCUAUUCGAAUGCAUUUCCAAUGAAUAACUACUUUGCUAAUUAGUGGAGGGAGAAUAAUAUGCAAGCACAAUGAAGGGACAACAACAACCACCAAAAUAAACUAGGAAAGCAGUCUAUACAAUGGGGUGCAACCCUAUAUAAACAACACUCCCCAAAACCUAUCAUGGUGAGCUUUCCUGUCAAGGGAUUUCUAGAUCUUGCAAUUUAGGGUAAUUAUGUUUUCUUUGACCUUGAGAAACAUGGGAAUAUGCAACUCUGGAAAUUAUGUGAAUCCUCAAAAUCUCAAACAUGUGAUACCACCAUUGAAUAAAGUUAGUUGAGUCACCCUGAAACUCUAGAUGUGGCCACUGAAUGGAAAGUGAGUGAUUCAAACCAUAUGGAGGGGUUCAAACUCAGUGUGGUUGAAUAGUCUGUGAGGACAAAAUUAAUCGUUUCUUUAAACAACAACUACUCAGCCUUUUCUCUGCUAAUGGGUCGGCUACAUGGAUAUGAGAGAGGGUAAAAUAAAAGAAAAAGAAAGAAAAAAAGAAAAGGAUAGAAGAAGGGAAGUUACAAGCCACAGAAGCAUCCCACCUACAAGUGAUCGGCCACAUGAAUCUUUCCUCUCCAAACAGCUCCAUUAUUAGCCAUACUAGGGUCAAGACCAAGCUUUUGCAUGUGUUUCCUGACAGCAUCAUCUAUGGUCAUUUUAGGCCUACUCCUAGCUCUUUUAGCUCCUUCCGUCUGGAUCUGAUCACUCCACCUUACUGGGGCAUCCCAAGGCCUGCACUGAACAUGGCCACCCCACCUUAAACGACAAUCUCAGAGCUUGUUCUCAGUCAGGCCAACUCCCAGAUCAGCUCUAACCUGGUCAUUCCUUGCCCUAUCUCUCCUAUUUUUGCCACACAUCCAUCUCAACAUCCUCAUCUCUGCAAUACUUAGCUUAUCUAUGUUACGCUUCUUGACUGCCCAACAUUCUGCCCUAUACAUCAUAGCCGGUCUUACAACAAUUUUGUAAAAUUUUAAGAUUUAGAGGAAUACGUCAAUCACACAACACUCCAGAAGCACCUCUCCACUUCAUCCAUCCUAUUUUAAUUCUGUUAGAAACAUCAUCUUUUAUAUCCCCUUCCUUGUUUAUGGUUGAUCCCAGAUAUCUAAAAUAGUCACUUUCCGGUAUCUCUCUCUCCCCUAGUUUCACCGCUUCAUUAUCCAUCUUUGUGUGGCUAAAGUUACACACUAUAUACUCCGUCUUUGUUCUACUUAUCUUAAGACCUCUUCACUCUAAAGUACAUCUCCAUAAUUCUAACUUAUUGUUAAUUCCUACUACUUUCUCAUCCACGAGAACAAUAUGCAAAGAUCAUACACCACGGAACCUCCCCCUGAAUGUCCUUGGUUAAAUCAUCUAUGAUAAGUGUAAAAAGCAUAAACAGAUAAAGACUUAAUGCUGAUCCUUGAUGUAACCCAAUUGUAAUUGGGACUUACUACCUUGAUCUCCCACAGUACUGACACUAGUCACCACGCCCUCGUACAUAUCUUUAAUUAUAUCCACAUAUUUGCUUGACACCCUCUCUUCUCCAAGAUGCCAAAUUAACUCCCUUGGGACUCUAUCGUAGGUUUUUUCUAGGUCAAUGAAGACCAUUUGGAGAUCCUUCUUGUAGGCUCUAGAUUUUUCCAUGAGCCUCCAUUAUAAAUAAUGGUUUCUUCAUGAUCCCUUAAUGCUUUUCCAAGACCUGCCUAAUCUGGGUUAUCCAAUGGGGUAAAUAAGAACAAAAGUGACUAAAGGUAGGAGGGGAGGGCAAAAAGGGAAAUAAAAUUUAAAAGAUAAUCGUAAAAGGGGGUGGGAGAUCAUCUUCUGCCUCCAGCCGAAACAUGAGGCGGAAAACCAGCAAGACCUCGAUGGAGAAAUAUCCCUUGUCUGGAGGUCAGUAGUUCCAGAUUUCACACCAAGGUUACCCACCCACAAUGGUAUGAACUUCCAACAACAGGCCUUCAAAUUAACACUUCGGGAAUCAAAUAGAGUUCUGAAGCUGAACACAGCGUAGGAACAGAACUCAAAUUAGUUAUAAUCUUCUCUCAUUUAGUGGAGAAGAAAAUAGGGGGCAGGGAACUAGGGUUCAGAUCACAUUUGGAAGGACUGCCUUCGACCAGAGCCUUAGGCCAAUCGGAGCUAUUUCGAAGGAGUUCCAAUGAGAUCUUAUAUAACCACGUUAAAGCUAAUAUAGAACAGGUAUCUUGAUAUGCUUAUUUAAGCUUCUGGACCUUGUGAAGAUGACAACCUAAGAUUGAUGUAGAUUGGUUGAUUGGACUGAAGUAUAAUAGAAGCAAGGAGAAACAGUCCAAGUUGAUAGAAGACAGAACCAGCAAGACCAGCCAAUCGAUCCCCAAGCAGUCCAGCUUAGUCCAGCCUUAUGGGAGCCAGCUGUAGAGACCAAGCACUUCCUACCGAUUCUGUUUUUGGCUGAAGUUUUGUCUUAUGGUGAGACUUAACCAGCAAGCCAGAGGAAUCGAUCAGCAGCUUUGAGAAGAGUGAUUUAUUUCCUUUUUCUUUGUUUAUUCUUCUUGUCAAGCGAGAGUCUUAAAUUAGGAAAGCCUCUUUGUUUAUAUAUUCUUCUAGUUUCCUUUUGUUUCAUUCUUACUGAAGGAACUAAAGUUUUCCUUUUUCUUUGCUCCCGAUUUUGUAAAGGCUUGUAGUCUAUUUUAGAGAAUCGAUCCCAGCUCUUUUGAAGACAAGUUUGAGUUAAUAAAAUAGAAGUUUUUCUUCGUGGCUGAGAGAUUCUGUUGAGAGGUGGGAUGCCUAAAACUAUGGGAGGGUGAGAGGCCUAAUCCAUCUAUCUUAUUCUUCCCCCUUCUCUCCUUUCCAUCGAUUCUUUUCUUAUUUCUAUUAUUUUCUGUGCUUACCUGAGACCAACUGAGAUCCACUGAAGUCCCAAGUUGGAUGCUGAUUCAGUUGCUGUUCUGAAGAUAAAACACAAGGCCUGCGAUUCUGGUUUUUCUCCCAGAAAUUGAUACUACUUGAGUCCAGUGAUCUCAGCCUUCAACCAACAGUUGGAGGUGAUCUUUGGAGGAUCAAACCAGCACCCCAGGACCUCCAUUCGAUGGGUCCCAAGUUGGAUGCUGAUUCAGUUGCUGUUCUGAAGAUACAACACAAGGCCUGCGAUUCUGGUUUUUCACCCAGAAAUUGUUACUACUUGAGUGCAGUGAUCUCAGCCAUAGUUUUUAAGGCGCUGGUAAGCCGUCGCCUUACCAGCGCCUUGGCGUUGAUGCGGUCUAGAGAUGGUAAGGCAGUGUUCCGCCUUAUGUGAAGUGGCGCCUUAUGGGUUUU